CGAAUCCUUUACCAAACAAAAAUCACCAUGAAGUGCGCCAUUGCCAUCGUCUUCGCCGCCCUCUUCGCCGUCGUCCUGGCCGCCCCCACUUCCGAUGCGGAUGCCACCAUCCUGCGCCUGGAGUCCGACGUCCAGCCCGAGGGCUACAACUUCGCUCUGGAGACCAGCGAUGGCAAGAAGCACCAGGAGGAAGGUCAGCUGAAGAACGUGGGCACCGAGCAGGAGGCCAUCGUGGUGCGCGGCUCCUACUCCUUCGUGGCCGAUGAUGGCCAGACCUACACCGUCAACUACAUCGCCGAUGAGAACGGAUUCCAGCCCGAGGGUGCCCAUCUGCCCAAUGUGCCCAUUGGCAACUAA